AUGGCCUUCAAGAAGUCGAUUUCCUCUGCAGGCAUGCUGGCCUUGUCUGCCAUGCAGUUCGCACCCAGCGUCCUAGCCGAUGCUCAAACCUGCCCCAACGACUCCCCUCUCAGCUGCUCGAGUUCCUCCGAGAAGGCCUCCUGCUGCUUCAACAACCCGGGCGGAGCUCUCCUCCUAACCCAAUUCUGGGACUACGACCCUUCCACUGGUCCCAGCGACUCAUGGACCCUCCACGGUCUUUGGCCUGACAACUGCGAUGGCACCUACGAGGCAAACUGCGACGACUCGCGCGAGUACUCCAACAUCACUGCCAUCAUCGAGGACUCGGGCAGCUCCGAGCUUCUCGCCGACAUGAACAAGUACUGGAAGGACUACCAGGGCGAUGACGAGUCGUUCUGGGAGCACGAGUGGAACAAGCAUGGAACCUGCAUCAACACUAUUGAGCCAGACUGCUACGACGACUACUCCCCGCAGGAGGAGGUCGUCGAUUACCUCCAGAAGGCCGUUGACCUGUUCAAGAAGCUUGACAGCUACAAGGCUCUCUCCGCCGCGGGAAUCACCCCCUCCGAGUCAAAGACUUACACCCUAGACGCCAUCCACGAAGCCCUCGGCGACAUCCACGACGGCUACGCCCCCUACGUCUCCUGCGACGGCGACAACCUGAACGAGCUCUGGUACUUCUACUAUGUCCGGGGCAACCUGGUCACCGGGUCAUUUGAGCCUGCUGAGAAGCUCACCGACUCCAAGUGCCCCAAGUCCGGUAUCAAGUAUGUGCCCAAGGAGGGCGCUAAGAGCACCAGCACCAGCUCUAGCUCGGUUACUAUUCCUCCUACUGGUUCUUCUACCGGUACCCCGUCCGGAACCCCUACUGGGUCUCCUACUGGUUCUCCUACUGGGUCUCCUACUGGAACCCCUACUGGAGCGCCUGAGGACACAAUGACAAUCUUUGCUCAUUAG